GGUAAACAGGCCUACACACUAACGCUGAGCCCCGGAGUAAGCGUGCGAAGCAGCGUCUCUCAGCCUCGGCGAGUAUUUUCAGCCAGUUAAUUAAAUAAAAGUAUAAGGAUUUAAGAAUAUAGCUGUUUCAAUGGCGGGCCCUGAACUGUUACUGGACUCGAGCAUUCGUAUGUGGGUCGUGUUGCCCAUCGUUUUUAUUACUUUCUUCGUGGGUGUAAUCCGACACUAUGUAACGCAACUUCUUCACACAGAGAAGAAGGUAGAGCUAGAACAGGUGUCUGACAGCCAGGUUUUAAUACGAAGCCGCAUUUUGAGGGAGAAUGGAAAAUACAUACCCAAACAGUCGUUCGCGAUGCGGAAACACUACUUCAACGACGAGGAGACUGGCUUUUUCAAGAAAACUGUGAGAAAAGUUGUUGCUAAAAACCCCAUGACUGAUCCCAGUAUGCUCACUGACAUGAUGAAAGGCAACUUGACCAACGUCCUGCCCAUGAUUGUGAUUGGCGGCUGGAUAAACUGGGCUUUCUCUGGGUUCGUUACAACAAAGGUUCCCUUUCCUCUGACCCUGCGUUUCAAGCCCAUGCUGCAGCGAGGGAUCGAGCUGCUCUCUCUGGAUGCUUCCUGGGUGAGUUCUGCGUCCUGGUACUUCCUCAAUGUGUUUGGGCUACGAAGCAUGUACAGCCUGAUUCUGGGCCAGGACAACGCUGCUGAUCAGUCCCGUAUCAUGCAGGACCAGAUGACUGGAGCAGCCAUGGCGAUGCCACCAGACCCCAACAAAGCCUUCAAGGCUGAGUGGGAAGCGCUUGAGAUCGUUGACCACCAGUGGGCGCUAGAGAACGUCGAAGAGGAGCUGAUGACCGGAGAUCUGAACUUUGAGGGGGUUUUCACUGGGGAGCUGCAACACCACAUCUUCUCCUAAAGAGAGAGGAGGAGGAAGGGGGGGGGGAGCCUAAACCCUGUGCCAGACUCACCCAAAACACUGUCUUCAAUCACACCCUGCCUGCCUGCCUGCCUGCGGAGAUCAAGAAAAACAAGCCUGAAAUAAAGUUUAUUUAAUGUG